CGGUAUUCCAUAUACGGAGUUGGGCAUACAGACAUGGAGGACACACCAGCACCCAUUCGUAACCCAGAGAUUCUCCAUACAAAGAUUUUCAUGAGCAAUGAGUUCGUGGACUCCGUCAGCGGCAGAAAAUUCCCAACUAUUAACCCAUCAACAGGCAAAAAGAUCUGUGACGUAGCUGAAGGUGACAAGGAGGACAUAGACAAGGCCGUGGCUGCUGCCAAGGAAGCUUUCAAAUUAGGGUCGCCAUGGAGACGGAUGGACGCCAGUCAGAGAGGUCGACUUCUGUACAAACUCGCAGAACUGUUUGAAAGAGACGCACAAAUGAUUGCGAGCUUGAUUACACUGGACAUGGGGAAGCCAUAUCUUCAGGCAUAUGGGGAAACCUUAUGGUCCGCGGGUAUCCUCCGCUACUACGCGGGAUUCGCUGACAAAAUCGGCGGAAAAACAAUUCCUAUGGAUGGAGACUACUUUUGCUUCACCCGACAUGAACCUGUUGGAGUUUGUGGUCAGAUAAUUCCGUGGAAUUUCCCCUCAGCCAUGUUCGUUUGGAAGGUAGGCCCUUCCCUAGCAUGUGGUUGUACUGUUGUUAUCAAACCCGCGGAACAAACCCCAUUGUCUGCACUGUUCAUGGCUGCUCUCUGCUUAGAGGCCGGAUUUCCUCCUGGUGUUGUCAACGUCGUCCCUGGUUACGGACCCACGGCUGGAGCAGCUCUGACAGCGCAUCCGGAUGUGGACAAGAUCGCCUUCACAGGAUCUACCGAGGUCGGCAAGCUUAUUCUUCAAGCUGCUGGUACGACCAAUAUUAAACGCACUUCUCUGGAACUUGGCGGGAAAAGUCCGAACGUCAUCAUGGAUGAUGCUGAUCUUGAUGAUGCAGUUCUAUUUGCACACAAUGGGGUGAUGAACAACGCUGGUCAAUGCUGUGUGGCCGGAAGUAGAACCUUCGUGCACGAAAAGAUUUACGAUCAGUUUGUGGCCAAAAGUCGAGAACUGGCGGAGAAAAGACAGACGGUUACCGGAGAUCCAUUUGAUCCUAAAACACUUCAGGGUCCACAGGUAGAUGAGGACCAGUACAACAAAGUUUUGGAUCUCAUUGAAUCCGGGAAGAAAGAUGGCGCUAAUGUGGAGUGUGGUGGCGCUUCAGUUGGAGGGGAAGGCUUCUUCAUUAAACCGACUGUAUUUUCUGGAGUGAAGGACAACAUGAGGAUUGCCAAAGAAGAGAUUUUUGGCCCCGUACAACAGCUUUUAAAGUUUAAAACACUGGAUGAGGCUAUUGAACGCGCAAAUGCUACAGAAUAUGGUCUUGCUGCCGGCAUAUGUACCAAAGACAUUAACAACACCAUGAUGUUCGCGCAAGGUGUCCGAGCUGGAUCAGUGUGGGUAAACUGUUAUGAUGUAGUGAAUCCACAGACACCGUUUGGAGGAUUCAAAAUGUCUGGAAUAGGGAGAGAACUUGGUGAACAGGGAUUGUCACUCUAUCAAGAAGUAAAAACGGUGACGAUGAAAAUCCCGCAGAAGAAUUCGUGAUCAUGUGCAAAAGAAUUUUCACGCAAUGCCUUUUUCUCCGCGAAGCAUAUCGAAACUGUGAAAUAUUCACUUUACAAUUGUGAAACUUUCAAACUCUUAUAAGUUGCUGUUUUGGAAUUAUUCAGUUUUAUCAACUACAGUACAUGCAUGCAUCUCUGCAACAGUAGGCUAUCAGAAAAUUAUAUUUUCAAUGUCCAGUCUUUUAAUGUACAUGAUUUAUGUUCUAAGUCAAAAUAAGAUUUCUGUCUACCCAA